AUGCCGUUUACUCUGCUACAUUCGCUCUUACCAGGGUCCCUACCCGACCACUGCGAACCCUCAUCGCCCUUCCUGACCGCUAUCUCCUCGCACCUCCACAUUUGCCUCCCAACUCCACUCGCGCUGAUCUCAUCUGUUCUCGGAACCCUCAGCAUCGUCUCAUGGCUGUUUGCCCAGCUCCCGCAGAUCUUUAAGAACUACCAGCUGCAGUCAACGUCCGGUCUAUCGAUCUUUUUCUUGGUUAUUUGGUGUGCUGGAGAUGCGACUAAUCUCCUUGGCGCACUAUUCACGCGCCAGGCAGGGUGGCAGGUUGUGGUUGCAGGCUACUAUGUCUUGGUCGAUAUUACACUGGUGACUCAGUUCUUCUGGUACACGCAUUAUAAAUCGCACCAGUAUGAGGGGUACAAUGCGGUGCCACACUCGCACGACCACGAUGCCCGGGGUGGUAUUCUGGAAGGCGUGGCUCUCGCAGGCAACAAUGCGACCCACCAACCGCCGGCACCGGUCGAUAUGGCACCUAAGAAGUCGGAGGUUCAUGAUAUGGGCGUGCAGACAGGGUCGACUCUGAAUUCGACUGCUGGUCGCACACCUCCCUAUACCACCGAGAAAUUUAGCUCUUCACGCCGCUCCGUGCGCGUGAGCAGCAGCUCGGCCAGCCCGCCCUUCGCGCUGCCCCGGACCAUGCUCAUCGCCUCGCUGGUAUGCGCCGUGCUAGCCAAUGCCAGUCCCGCCCAUCCUGCGCCAUCACCAUUGCCUCAUCCGCCCAUAUCUCACGCUCCCCGCGAAACCAUCAUCGAGAUCGUGGGCCGCAUCUUCUCCUGGAUGUCUACGAUUCUUUAUCUCGGCUCACGGCCACCACAGCUCUACAAGAACUACCGCCGCAAGAGCACCGAGGGUCUCUCUCCGCUACUGUUCAUGGCCGCCUUCUGCGGAAAUUUCUUCUACUCUUCCUCCCUCCUUACCAACCCGAACGUCUGGUCUGAUUUUCCGCCCUACGGCGGUGGCGGAUGGGCGGAUGGGCAUGGAAACGACCGCUGGGAGUGGAUCGGACGCGGGAUUCCGUUCUUCCUCGGCGCAUUCGGCGUUCUUGGGCUAGAUGGGUAUAUGGGCGUGCAGUUCCUCAUGUACGGUCCUCGGGAUGACGAUGACGAGAGUUUCACCGAGGCGGAUGAUGAAGAUCCCAAGCGUGGACGCAGCCGGUGGAGACGUGUGCGGGGCUGGAUGCGCGGCUGGAUUCCCUCGACUUCUCCUACUCGGAGCGAGUAUGAGCGUGCUUCCGCCUCGCAGGAGGGCCAGGCGCUUCUAGGCUCGGAUCGUGGGCGAUACGGUACUCUCUGA